AUGAAUGUCGAAUUUAGUAGCGAGAAUACCUUCCUUAUGGGAGAAGAGCUCAAACUUCAUUCGGAUCGUGGCGAUGGCAGCUCGCCACACGGCGUUGCCGAUCCACUUUUGUCGCAGCAUUUGCUCGAAGGCUAUUCGGAAGAAGAACUGAGCGAAUACCGACAAGUCUUCAACAUGUUCGAUGCUGAUCGGAGUGGAGCCAUUGCAAUUGAUGAGCUUGAAGCUGCAAUAAAAAAUCUGGGUCUGGAGCAAACUCGUGAUGAACUGGACAAGAUUAUUGACGAAGUAGAUCAACGCGGAAAUCACCAAAUCGAUUUCGAUGAGUUCUGCGUCGUCAUGAGAAGACUAACAAUGAAAAAGAGCAACUGGAACGAAGUCGUCAGGGAAUGUUUUACCGUCUUUGACAGGAGCGAGAAUCUCACCGGAAUCUCCAAAAAAGAUUUUCGCUACAUUUUGAGAGAACUUGGCGAUAUUACAGAUAAUCAAGUAAUAGACGAAAUUUUUAACGAGGCUGAUGUGGAUGGAAAUGGUGUAAUUGACUACGACGAAUUUACAUAUAUGGUCAAAAAUUACAUGACGGAUGAUGACAUUGGUUAA